AUGAGCUUCAAAGGUCUACCUGGUCAAGAUGGCUUCAAGCGUCUUGUGAUGAUUGUCACUGCAAUGAUGGGAAUACCUGCAAGCAAGCUGUUUGGAACCUGCAAAGAUAAAAGGAACUUGUAUCGUGAUGCAACUGAUGCUCUGAACGGAGAUCCUUUGUUUGCAGGUGCCUUGAAGUCAAACACAACACGAGACAAAUGGCAUAACACAAUGACUAUUGUAGAUUCCAUUAUUGAUGGUGGAGAGGAACAGUUCAUUAAACGAGCCCAGAACGGUGGUAAUGCAAUGAAUGAAUUGGACAAGCUGUACCUAGAAAUCGCUCGCAUCAAGCGCCCGUUUGUACAGCGUGCUGCAGACGCCAAGGCAAAGAAGAAUGCAGAGAAACAGGAUUCAACUGAGAGGCUUCAGUGUGUCAUGAAGACUGUUGAGAAAAGAACUAAUGCUUCGUUUGAUUUCACAACAGCCGUGGAUGAUGUGAUGGAUGAAAUAAGGCCGGUGGAUGGAUCUAGUACAUCGUCCCCGGCGUCUCAGUCUGGUGUUCAACAACAGCUCAAUGCAAAUGAACCAGAAGGAUCGCCGGAAAAUGCUCCUGAUGAACCGUCAUCAUCUUUGGGAAGAGGACAUAACAAAGGGUCGCAGAAACGUGCCAAGUAUAAUCCAGGACUCCAUCUAGAUCGCAAAAAAGAGGAGGAUAAGCUGACCGACAGCUUCUACAAUGUCAUCGAUGCCUUGCACAAGACAACAGGAGAAAUGACACGGUCGAAUGCGCAAGAGCAAGAUCAACAAGAAAGGAAAGAAAGGAUCAGAAUGCUUGAGGCUGAGAGAGAAUUGGAGCAACAGAAAACCAGGACGAUUGAGGCAGAGAAGGAUUUAGAGAAACAGCGAACAUGUAAAUUGGAGGCACACAAGGAUUUAGAGAAACAGCGAUCUGCUACCUUCCAACAACAACUUGAAGUGUUGAAGAUGAUGGCACUCUGCGCCGACAAAGGUAUGCCUGUCCCGCCUAACUUAAUGACUAUGCCGACGACGGGGGAUACCAGCAACGAAAUGCUUUAA